GUCUGAGGAAAAUCUUGAGCACUCGCGCGUCCGCUGGUGAACAUGAAAACUCGUGCCGUUGUAUUGGUGUGUGUCCUGAUAUUUCACGGAUCAAGCGGCGUGUUUCUUGAUAAAGAUGACGCCAGCUCGGUGCUGCAGCGCGUCAGGCGCGCAAACUCCGGCUUCCUUGAGGAGAUGAAGCGCGGGAAUCUCGAGCGCGAGUGCAUCGAAGAAAUCUGCGACUACGAGGAAGCGCGCGAGGUGUUCGAGGACGACACGAAGACGAAACAGUUUUGGCUGAGUUACUCCGGUGAGUUUAUGUGUCAAUUCAUCAAUUUAUUUCUGACAUUAUUACUGUUUUGAUGACAGUGGUGACGAUAUUAAAUGACUACAGUAUUAAAGCCCUUUCACACCAAGAAAUGUAACCAACCAGUGCCAUGCGCAGAUGCACAUUAUGAGGGCAGGAGGGUCCCCCUCGUAGAAAUCGCUCGAGCCCCUCCAGCCCCCUGUGCACGCCACUGACUGUAAUGAUACCAACGACACCAACACACCGUAAUAUUCUGUUUAGAAGCGCACUGCAGAUUUGUCGUCUGUCGCUUUAAAUG